AUGGUGGAGAAAGUCCUUGACGACAUCUCCCACCGGAGAUACAACCCCCUCCGCGGUUCCUACAUUCUCGUCUCUCCUCACCGGACCAAGCGCCCAUGGCAAGGACAGCAAGAGAGCCCCUCCAAGACCACGCUCCCGACCUACGAUCCCUCCUGCUAUCUGUGUCCCGGAAAUAAGCGCGCGCAGGGAGAUGUCAAUCCGCAAUACCAGAAUACUUUUGUGUUUGUCAAUGACUACAGCGCGGUGAAGGAAGAGCAGGCCCCGUACGAGCCGGAAGAGACAGGCCGAAAGCGCUGGUUAUUGACAAUUCAGUUAAUUCUUUCAGGUCCCGAGUCAUUCUUCCUCCGAGCGGAGCCUGUCACCGGAAAAUGCUACGUCUUGACCUUCUCUGCCGCUCACAACCUGACCUUGGCAGACCUCUCGCCGGCGGAGAUCGUGCCUGUGAUCGAUGCCUGGACCGAUAUCUACACGGCGCACCUGUCGCCCCAAAACCCUCUUGCUGCCGUCGCCCCGGCGGCCAACAUCUCACCUGACUCACCGAUAUCGUACCUGGGUAAGCCUAAGACGCAGUACCGAUAUAUGCAGAUCUUUGAAAACAAGGGCGCCGCCAUGGGCUGUUCGAAUCCACAUCCGCACGGCCAGAUCUGGACGACAAGCAAUCUUCCUGAAGAACCAGCCAUUGAAUUGGAGCAAUUGAAGAAAUACCGGCGGGAGCACGGCGGCAGACACAUGCUGGCGGACUACGUGGCGCUGGAAAAGGAGAAAAACGAGCGCAUCGUCUUUGAGAACGAGGCCUUCCUGGUGGUGUGUCCGUGGUGGGCGACCUGGCCCUUUGAGACCAUGAUCAUCAGCAAGACGCACAAGCGCGCGCUCGUCGAUCUCAACGCCACCGAAAAGGGGCAGCUCGCCGAAGCUAUCUCCGAGAUCACGCGACGCUACGACAAUCUGUUCGAGACGCAUUUCCCGUACAGCAUGGGUAUCCACCAGGCGCCCCUGGAGGGGACGGAGGACGAGAUCGAGUCGUCGUAUUUGCAUCUGCACUUCUAUCCGCCGCUACUGCGCAGCGCGACGGUACGGAAGUUCUUAGUUGGGUACGAAAUGAUGGCCGAGCCUCAACGCGACAUCACCCCGGAGCAAGCCACUGCCAGGUUAAGGAAUUGCGCCGGAGAAUUGUACCGAAAGAAGCUGGAAAACUAA